UUCAUUGAUAGCUGUUCUGUCGCUGUGUGUGAACUCUCUGUGGCUACGAUGGAUGAAGAAUUAAAAUGCCCCGUUUGUGGCUCUCUUUUCAGGGAUCCAAUUAUUUUACCCUGCUCACAUAAUGUUUGUUCGGCUUGCGCCCGAAAUAUCAUCGUACAAACCCCAGAAGGCGAGACACCUCCGCAAAGCCGGGCAUCGGGGAACUCGGACUAUGAUUAUUUGGAUAUGGAUAAGAUGAGCAUGUAUAGCGAAACGGAUAGUGGCUACGGAUCAUACACGCCGUGCCUCAAAUCGCCAAACGGUGUGCGGGUGUUUCCACCAACGCUUGUGCACCGUCACUGUUCUAUCACCUGUCCGCUUUGCCACCGUAGCGUCUCUCUGGACGAGCGGGGCUUGAGAGGCUUCCCACGGAACCGGCUGCUGGAGGCGAUCGUGGCUCGCUACCAACAGAACCGCGCUGCCGCUGUCAAAUGCCAGUUGUGCGACCGCAACCCUGUAGAUGCCACAGUAAUGUGCGAGCAGUGCGAUGUUUUCUACUGCACACCGUGCCAACAGAGGUGCCAUCCUUCCCGUGGACCCCUGGCCAAGCAUCGCUUAGUGCCACCGACUCAGCCGCCACCCGCUGCCCUGCAGCAGCCCAACGCCACGGCGCGCAAAACUGCAACAUGUGCGGAGCACGACGCAGAAAACUACAGUAUGUAUUGCACCAACUGCAAGCUUCCAGUUUGUCACCACUGUUUGGAGGAUGGCAAGCAUGGCAAGCACGACGUGAAACCUCUGCCCACCAUGUGGAAACACCACAAGGGUCAGCUAUCUCAGGCUUUAAAUGGGGUGUCAGACAAAGCCAAGGAUGCCAAGGAGUUUCUGGUUCAGCUGAAGAACAUGCUGCAGCAAAUCCAGGAGAGUGGCGUGGAGUUUGAGGCCUGUCUGGUGGCACAGUGUGACUCCCUGAUCGAAGCCCUGACGCGGCAGAAGGCCAAGCUCCUCACCAAGGUCACCAAGGAGCGCGAGUACAAGCUGAAGGUGGUGCGCGAUCAGAUCACCCACUGCACUAUGAAGCUUCGUCAGACCACUGGCAUGAUGGAGUACUGCCUGGAAGUGAUCAAAGAGAACGACCCUAGUGGCUUCCUCCUGAUCUCCGACGCUCUGAUCAAGCGUGUGCUCUCGUCCCAGGACCAGUGGGUGAAGGGAGCUCUGGAGCCCAAAGUGGGCCCGGAGUUUGACCUGACCCUCAACACCGACCCCCUGCUGCAGACCAUCCUCCAGCUGGACUUUGCUCAGAGCAAAGAUGUACAGGAGACUCCAUUAAUGAAACAAAUGCAUGCAGGUGGCCCGAAAGAGACGGAGGGCACAGGAGCACAGACCCCCACUGUGCCUCCGCCCCCCCUGCUGCAGCUGGAAAAGUGCUGCACCAGAAACAACAGCGCCACCCUGGCCUGGAGGAUAACUGCGGUCCCGCUGGUCACUGUUGACGCCUACGUGUUGGAGCUGGAUGAUGGGAACGGGGGCCAGUACAGGGAAGUGUAUGUGGGAAAGGAGACCGUGUGCACUGUGGAUGGUCUUCACUUCAACAGCUCCUAUAAUGCCAGAGUCAAGGCCUACAACUCAGUAGGGGCCGGGCCCUAUAGCAAAACUGUCAUUCUGAAGACUUCUGACGUGGCGUGGUUCACAUUUGAUCCAACGUCGGCGCACCGGGACAUUGUGCUGACCAACGACAACCAGACGGUGAGCUGCAACAGCUACGACGACCGCGUGGUGCUUGGCACAGCCGCCUUCUCCAAGGGCGUGCAUUACUGGGAGCUCCGCAUCGACCGCUACGACAACCACCCAGAUCCGGCGUUCGGUGUGGCCCGGAUCAACACCACGAAGGACAUGAUGCUUGGCAAGGACGACAAGGCCUGGGCCAUGUAUGUGGACAACAACCGCUCCUGGUUCAUGCACAACAACUCACAUACCAACAGGGCUGAGGGGGGCAUUAGCAAGGGCUCCACGGUAGGCAUUCUUCUGGACCUGAAUAAGCACUCCCUCACCUUUUACAUUAACAAAGAGCAGCACGGGCCUGUGGCCUUCGAGAACCUGGAGGGUGUCUUCAUGCCUGCUGUCAGCCUCAACCGGAAUGUCCAGGUGACCCUUAUUACAGGCUUGGAGGUGCCAAAGAAUAUCAAACAGUGAACCUCCAACAUGUUCAGAUCCAUUUU